AUUGUAUUGGACAUUGUACGGCUGGAUUUCUUUGUACAAACUCACGAACUCGAUUUAUUGCCUCAAUGACCUAUUGUCUUAUAUACAAAAAAUCGUACGAAAUUAAAAGACCCAACGCUUCGCACGCGUAUAACUGAUACAUAAGAUAAAUGUUCACAUAUGACUGCGAGUCUUUUUAAAACUAAAUAAUAGGCUGGAAUUGAUUCGAGUUUAGUAGUUUACCGGUAGUGUUUGCAUAGAAUUGUGGCCCCACAAUGAGAACGUUAAAUUUCGUGGUUAUUGUGCUGCUGAUUUGUUCGAUAAAAAUACCGUUCAUAAAUGGUGCGAAAAUUUUAGGAUUUCUCGUCACACUGAGUCGAUCGCAUCUGGUUGUCGAGGAACCGAUAAUGAGAGAAUUAGCACGAAGGGGACAUGAGGUAACCGUUCUAAGUGCCUACGAACCGUCCGAGCCACCCAUCGAUAAUUAUCGAUACAUUGCCAUUCCCGAAUUUUUGGACCAUCCAGCCUUUGACGAUUUCAGAGAGAACGCGUUAAAGAACGCCAACAAGAACAACGCGAACAUGGCGGGAAUUCUUAAGCUAAUCCAACCGUUGAUGUCACAGACAGUUGCUACGUUGAAGCACCCUAAGGUGUUAGAGUUGAAAAAGGAAUCAUUUGAUUUGUUGAUUGUCGGUUGGUUCUUCAACGAGUUUACAUUGGGAUUGUCCGGUCACUUUCAUUGUCCAUCUGUCGUCAUUUUCCCGAAUGUGAACAAUUAUCUGAUGCGUAAAUUUGCUGGUAGUCCGAACAGUGUGUCUACAGUGCCGGCACCAUUUGUGUCAAGCAAAACGCCGAUGACAUUUUUGCAGCGGCUGGCCAAUUUCUUUGUUGCGUUAAUGGAACCAGUUAUGCUUGAAACCGUUGACUACAUAUACAAUCGACCCAUGUACAAUGAAGCCUUUCCGCCGGACGUUUAUCCCACUUUUGAUGAAGUGGUGAAGAAUGUCUCAUUGGUUUUGUUGAGUCAACAUUUCAGUGAAAGACCGGCCGAAGCAUUGGUGCCUGGAAUGAUUGAAGUAGCUGGCAUGCACAUUAAGAAAGAACCAUCGCCGUUGCCAACGGAAAUUAAAGAGUUGCUGGACAAUGCCCACGAUGGAGCAAUUUUCAUGAGUCUUGGAUCGAAUGUCCGUAGUGCCGACUUAUCCGAUGAGAAACUGUCAAUUUUUAUCAACAAAUUCAAAUCAAUGAAACAAAAAGUUGUGUGGAAAUUCGAGACUGACCUGCCAAAUAAGCCGGACAACGUGUUUGUCAGCAAAUGGCUACCACAAAACGAUAUCCUUGCUCAUCCGAAUGUAAAAGUUUUCAUAUCCCACUGCGGAAAAGGCGGCGUCACGGAGGCUAAGUACCAUGGUGUACCUGUGUUGGGUAUACCACUGUUCGCCGAACAAUUGGGUAACAUUGAUGUGCUCGUAGCCGAAGAAUGGGCCUUGAAAAUUCCAUUCGGAAAUCUGAACAAAACGAUAUUUUCGAAGAGCCUUGAUGAGAUCAUUGUUAAUCCGAAAUACCGGCAACGAGCGCAGAAAUUGUCUGCAUUGUAUAGGGAUCGACCGGAACAUCCACUAGACAAGGCCGCGUUUUGGAUCGAAUAUGUGAUUCGACACAAUGGAGCCAAGCACAUGCAGAGCUCGGCUGUCCAUUUGAAUAUUUUCCAAUAUUAUAUGGUGGAUGUGGUGGCUUUUAUUUUCGUUGUGCUGGUGGUUGGAGUGAAAAUAUUUGCUUUUAUUUGCAAAAAAUUGAAAGCAAAAAUAUUUGGAGUAAAUAAAGUCAAAACCAGCUAAUG